UUACAAACUGUCAAAAAUUUAUGAGAGAAAAAAAAAGUUCGUCGACCAUGGCAUCUCGAAAAUUUGUGUUAAAUUUAAAAAAUUCACAUUUAAUUACAAGAAAUUUCACUGUUCGAGCAUCGACACUAUAUUCCUCGUCAAUUGAUUCAUCCAAGAAAGGUGAAUUGAGUGAAGUUACACAUACUGGACAGGUAUUCGACAGCGAUGACUAUCGCAAUGCGCGCUUCACAAAUGCAGCCCGUCAGGUCAAUCCAAAUUGGGGUAUAAAAUUGAUUAACGAAAUUCCUCCGAAGGAAUGCACCGAACGAGUCGUUUCCUGUAAUGGAGGCGAUGGUCCCUUGGGCCACCCGAAAGUGUAUAUAAAUCUGGAUAAGCCCGGAGCGCACGCUUGCGGUUACUGUGGACUAAGAUUUGUGAAAAAAGAUGAUCAUCAUCACUAACUAUCAGGAUGAGUGUUCUUAUAGUGAAAUAGCUAUCGCUGUUUGAUCGAUACAUAUUUAGAAUAAAAAUUGAUUAUUCGGCGAU